AUGGUGGAUUUACUUCAAUUGAUUCCAUUUGAAUAUUUCAAAUCACUUGCACCAACAGAGUACACAUGGGAAACAUUUUUUAAAGUUGAUUUCUCAAAAUGGGACUGGAAGCAGUUGAUUCCCUCUCAAGACUUUAAAUUUGAGGAAGGUGUUACUCCGUUCUCCAACAAGAACUUUAUUUUCUUGACAAUAAUUAUCUAUCUCACCACUGUUUAUUCUAUUAAAUUCUUUAUGAGUUCACCAAAGUUAAAAGGAUGGAAUUUAAGAGGAUUCUCUGCAUUACACAAUUUAAUUCUUUGUGUUUGGUCCUUGAUUAUGGUUUUAGGUGUAACAUAUGAUGCUUUUCAACUCGCAUUUAAUUCAGAAUAUGGUGUAGAUGGAUUUUUCUGUUCUCCAAAAUCAAAUCCAAUCUCUGGUCGUAUCUUUUACUGGCAUUAUUUAUAUUUCGUCAGUAAAUUCUAUGAGUUUAUCGAUACAAUUAUCAUUGUCUUGAAAAAGAAACCAUUGAUUUUCUUACACAUCUGGCAUCAUUCGAUUGUUGUUUUGAUUGUUUGGACUUGGUUACCAGGAGGUGUAUCUUACGGUAGCAUUGGAUUGUUUGCCAAUACUCUCGUUCAUGUAUUUAUGUAUUACUACUAUUUCAGAACUGCUUGGAAUCCAUCAGUUAGAAUCUGGUGGAAAUCAUAUUUGACUUCUGGUCAAUUAUUCCAGUUCACCAUGUCAUUUGUACUUUCAAUUCCAUUCCUUCUCAAGGAUAUCGUCAUUAACGAAAACGGUGUUAUCUCUCACAAUUGCGUUGGUUGGGGUGCAUUUAUGUUCACCAUGUUCAACAAUCUAUUCUUCCUUAUCCUCUUUAUGAAUUUCUACAUCAAGACAUACAUUCAAAGACCGAAAUCAAAACCAAAGGAAGAAUAA